AUGGAGGCCAAACUGCACCAGAUCGUGCUGGAAGAGCAGCAGAAGAUGGUCCAGCUGGGCUUUGUCGAGACGUGCAUUCCCUCAGCGGAGAGUCCUGCGCACUGCAGUAUCUUCAUGAGCGCCAAUUGGCACAUUUGUCGUCGUUUGUUGCUCGUGAUUGUGAGUGGCAACGGCAUUCAGCCGGGCAUCUGGAGCCGCUCGCUCGUGCUGGAGGCCCCGGACGUCCCGAAUCAGUACCGCUCUGGCUCGAUGCUGCCGUAUCUACACACGGCGCUGUCCAAAGGCUAUGGCGUUGUGGUCAUGAACCCAAGCACGAACACAGUGAGUGUCGGGAGUCAGAAGAUCCCGGUUCCACACUCGAGUACACCGGAGCUGCACGUGCGGUAUGUGUGGGAGACGUAUGGCGUUCGGGCCUCGUGUUCGCAAGUGUAUAUUGCUGCGUACGGACGUGGGGGAUCGUUGACCAAGCGCUUGGUGUGCACGCAGCCACUUCUGCGCUUGAAGCUUGCGGCAAUUGCGUUUAUUGAGUCGAGUCACCGUGUUGAAGGGGACGACACGCAGGAAGUGAGAGGGCUUUUGGGCACAAGAGCUAUCAAUUGGCAGCGAUCGAAGCAGAGUCCUGGAACGCAGCUCCAAGAUUGCACACAGCUAGGCUGUUUGAGUCUCUCGGCGGGGGAACCCACUUCCCCCGCUGAGCAAAAGUCGUCUAAUACGGCGUGGACGAUUGCUGCGAGUAUGAACACUGUGUUUGCGUUCUUUGAGAGUGCUCGAGGGUCGAUGCCGGAUGAACCAGCUGAUGACGAACUGAUGGACGAAAUGAGGCGGCUCUCACAGUAUGCGUAUGCUGGUGCAGCCGCUAUCUCAUCUGCGUCACAUCAGCUGGAGCAUUUGGAAGAUGCGGAAUUUCGAGAAGAAGUGGAAGUGUCGAGCUUUGGGAACCACAUGGGUCGUCGCACGAAUAGUGCUCGCAGUUCACGACGCAGUAUGGUCAUCUCCACGUCCAUGAGCGUGAACGACUUUGACUUGCUCUCUGUGGUUGGCAAGGGCGCGUAUGGCAAGGUCUUUUUAGCCAAGAAAAAGCAUGGCAAGAAUGCCGGUCGUGUCUACGCCAUGAAAGUGCUGCGGAAGCAGGACGUGUUUAAGAAAAAGCAGGUCGAGCACACCAAGUCGGAGCAGCGUAUCCUCAAGCACGUGGAGCACCCGUUUGUCGUGCGACUGCGGUAUGCGUUCCAGAACCACCAGAAGCUGUACUUGGUCAUGGAUUAUUACUCUGGCGGCUCGCUCUUCGUGCAUCUGCGCAAGGAAAAGCGCUUUCCCGAACACCGAGCUUGCUUCUACGCAGCGGAGCUCGUGCUGUCGUUGGCCCAUUUGCACAGUAUGCACAUCAUGUAUCGCGACUUGAAGCUGGAAAACAUCCUCAUGGACAGCGAAGGGCAUGUCGCGAUCACCGAUUUUGGGUUGUCCAAGGAAGACGACGAGGGCUCGACGUUUGUAGGAACCCCCGAGUACUUGGCGCCCGAAUUGCUUUGCAGUCAGCGGACCGCUACAUCAUAUGGCAAUACGGUUGACUGGUGGAGUUACGGUGUGCUCGUGUACGAGAUGAUUCAAGGACACACCCCGUUCUGGGACAAAAAUCGUCGCGAGAUGUUUCAGAACAUCUUGAGCAAGGAGCCGCUGUACCCUUCUGCGCAUUUCUCGCCCAUUGCUACGGAUUUUCUGCAGCGCUUACUCGUUAAGAAUCCACAGCAGCGACUGGGCUGCGGUAGUGAUGGUGCACUGGAGAUUAUGGGGCAUGCGUGGUUCAAGGGUGUCGAUUGGGACGCACUCCUGAACCGCCGAGUGGAUCCACCGUUUAAGCCCAUGACGAAAAGUUCACACGGAAGCCGUGCACGAACUAGCAGUGCAGCGCUCAAUGCGAACUUGCAGUAUGUGCCGAAUGUCUUUAAACAGCAAGAAGUCGCAGAUUCGCCCGUGGUGGGUGUACUGGACUCGUCGACCGGAUCGGGCAGCAUGGCGAUGCAUUUCGAUGAUUUCAGCUACAUGGGAAGCGACAUUGUUGGUUCACGGCGCACUUCGAUUUUCCGCGACAGCGACAUCAAGAUGGAACUCGGCGAGUAG